AUGCAGCAAGGGGACAACCAAACAAUCGAGGACCUCUUCUCCAACCUAGACGUUAGCCCCAAUGUGGUCGACAUUGCCGACAAUGACGACGAGGAUGUUCUUGAGGUUGAUAGUACGGAAUGGGACAUGGAUUCGGCGGUAGGGGGUAUGAGCUUCGUGUCAUCCACGCAAAGUUUGAGUUCUAGUCUAUACGAGCACGUUGUAGAAAACGGCCGGACUUAUCACAAGUUCAAAGAGGGCAAAUACCCGCUGCCUAACGACGAGCAUCAGGUUUUCAAGCUGUCAUUGGACGGCAAGCUCUACCAAGCUCCAGUAAAAAGUCCACGAAACGUACUGGACGUAGCAACAGGGACAGGAAUCUGGGCCAUAGAGUUUGCCCAAGAAAAUCCCGGCUCCAACGUUGUGGGCACUGACCUAUCACCCAUCCAACCCACAUACGUCCCACCAAACUGCUCCUUCCAGAUCUGCGAUGCCGAGGACGAGUGGGAUUUUUCGUUUCCCUUUGAUUUUAUCCACAUGCGUGCCGUUGUGACGUGCUUCCGUUCCCCACGCGCCGUCAUGGAGUCGGCCAUGUCCAGCCUCGCGCCUGGCGGCUGGCUGCAGAUGCGCGACCCCAUCAUGCCCUUCAAGUUUCUGACACCGCCUCCGGAGGGCUGCGCCUUGGCGCGGUGGAAUGAGCUGGCCAUGGAGGCGAGCGGCCGAAUCGGGCGGCGCUGGGACAAUGCGGUUCACUACGCCCAGUGGAUGCGGGAGCUCGGGUUCGAGGAAGUGGUUGAGAUAAAGGAGCAGCUGCCCCUCAAUCCCUGGGCAAAAGGUCGCCGGGUCAAGUACCUGAGCUUGUGGCUCCAGCACGACAUGCUGCAGGGUAUCGAGGCCAUCAGCAUGGCGCUCUUUACAAGGGUCUUGGGAUGGGAUGUCGAUGAUCUCAAGGACUUUCUCGAGGAUGUGAAGCGCGACAUAAAGGAUACGAGCAUCCAUUCUUAUUCUGAAGGUGUUUUGGUUUACGGGAGAAAGCCACUUGGCUAG